AUCUGAGCUGCCGUAGUGCGUCACAUGUUGACUGAUGUUGCUUGUGAAUGCUAACGUUAGCCUGAUAAAUUGAGAAAGUCAAAGAUAUUAACAUAUACCUUAAACUAUAUAGAGUAUUCCCCUGUCGUAUCGUUACUCUUUGCUUGAUGUUGAAGUAUUAACAUAUUUCUACGCAUCGUUGAGAAUUCCACACGUGGAUUGUUUGUUUUGACAGGCUAAUGUAGCUCCAGUUUGCUAGCCAGGAAGAGUUCACUGUUGGCUGCAGGUUAGCUAACACUGUCAACAUAGGAGCUAAAAUAAAGAGCACUCCAGAUGCGGCUAAAAGACCCCUUCUCUUUGAAAGCCGCCGACAUGACUAAGCGGACUAACAAACCGCGAAAACCUCGAGAUGAGGAGUCAUCAGAUGAAGUCAGUGGGCUGACAUGCCAACAUGUGAGUAAGGCAGUGGAUCUGAACUCAGUGAAGAAGUCGGUGCUGUCCUGCGUUUGGUCGGUGUGCUCAGAGUGCUUAAAGGAAAGAACCAUGAUCGACGGAGAGCCAGCGGCUUCGCAUGACAUCCUGGUCUGCCUCAAGUGUGGAUACCAGGGCUGUAACCAGUCAGGGAUUCAACACGCUGUAAAGCACCACCAAGCUUUCCAUCCAGAGUCUCACUGCAUCACCAUCAGCCUGAGCACCUGGAAGGCCUGGUGUUUUGAAUGUAACGAGGAGCUCUCCACUCACUGUAACAAGAAGGCUUUGGCUCAGACCCUGGACUUCCUACAAAAACACUCUGUCAAGGCAACAUCAGCAGCAUCACCGAAGAUCAUCAAACUACGAGAGGAAUCAUCAGAUUAUGGCGAUGCAUCCAGAGGCAGAAGCUCAGUCAUCAACAGCUCACUGGUUCCCGUCAAAGGCAUCACUAACCUUGGAAACACCUGUUUCUUCAAUGCCGUUAUGCAGAAUCUGUCCCAGACGCACAUGCUCAUUGACCUCAUCCAGGAGGUGAAGGAGAAAGGGUACAAACUGAGGAUCUGCCCCCCAGUCGAGACCAAUCUGAGUUCACUGACUGUAUUGCUGCCCGGUCCAGAGCCUCUGACAGCCGCCAUGUUUUCCUUCCUCCAAAGCAUGAAAGAAUCAGGAAAAGGUCCAAUCAAUCCCAAGAUCCUCUUCAACCAGCUCUGUCAAAAGGCUCCACGCUUCAAGGGUUACCAACAGCAGGACAGCCAGGAGCUUCUGCACUAUCUGCUGGACUCAAUACGAGUCGAGGAAACAAAGAGGGUGAAAGCAGGCAUUCUGAAGGCGUUCAACAAUCCCACAGAGAAGACGGCGGACGAGGAGACCAAACGCCAAGUCAAAGCAUACGGGAAAGAAGGUGUGAAAAUGAACUUUGUUGACCGCAUCUUUGUAGGCGAGCUGACCAACACUAUCAUGUGUGAGGAGUGUGAACAUAUCUCCACAGUGAAAGAGGCUUUCAUAGAUAUCUCUUUACCCAUCAUAGAGGAACGGACGUCAAAACCAUCAAACCCCGGACGACUGGGGAAGGGCGGCCGGGAGCAGGACAGUCACAUGACUCACAAUGACCAGGUUAUUUCUGCUGCUCAUUCUGUCAACAGGAACACAAGGAAGAUGAGUGGACAGAAGCUCCAGGGCCGUAGAUCUUCCAGCUCUUUGGAGGAAAAAGGAGCAGGGUGUGGAGCGGAGCGAGCAGAGGAGGAGGGUGUGGCCGGUGGAUCGGCCCGCGGUGCCUCCGUCUGUAAAAUGGCGGCUGCCGGCAGCCUAUCAGACGGCAGCGAAAGAGACUCUGGUCCUCAGGACAGCAGUAACGACGCCGACAGCGAGGCCUCAGAGAGCGAGUGGGCUCCUCGCACCUCCUCCUCCUCCUGCCACGGACACCUGUCCACGCCUUCAUCCAGCUCCACCCUCACCCCAUCCCCGACCCCGUCAUCCUCCUCCAGGUCAGGGGGCACCGUAGAGCAGCUCGUCACGAUGGUCUCUAAGGUCAACCUGGGGUUCACGUCUGGAGACUGUUCCCCAGAGGAGCAGCCGGAAACGCAACGAGACAACGUCCACCAUCAGCACCAGCAGGGGGCGUUCCAGGCGCUGUCCCACAGCUACACGCCCAGCUCCAAGGAGUGCUCCAUCCAGUCCUGCCUCCACCAAUUUACCUCCGUCGAGCUGCUCAUGGGUAACAACAAGCUGCUGUGUGAGAGCUGCACCGAACGGCGGCAGAAGCAGCUGCGCAAGAGCAGCUCGUCAGACAAGAAGUUGGAGAAGAUUUACACCAGUGCCAGGAAACAAAUGUUAAUAUCGUCGCUGCCUCCCGUCAUCACGUUGCAUCUGAAACGCUUCCACCAGGCAGGAAUGAACCUACGGAAAGUCAACCGCCAUGUGGACUUUCCACUGAUCCUGGAUCUGGCUCCAUUCUGCUCAGCUUCCUGCAAGAACUUGGCGGCAGGUGAGCGCGUCCUCUACAGCUUGUAUGGGAUCGUCGAACACAGCGGAUCGAUGCGGGGGGGCCACUACACGGCGUAUGUCAAAGUCCGAUCCCCCCAGAGGAAAACGGAACAACACCACAGGAACAUGCCAGGUGCGAGGGAGGCGGGCGCCGCCCCUCAGGUCCAGUGGGUGUACGUCAGCGACACCACGGUCCAGACGGUACCGGAGUCACGGGUACUCAACUCUCAGGCUUACCUGCUUUUCUACGAGGAACUGCUGUAACACGACCAACUCGAGUUUUAUUCCUUCAGAUGUUUUCCGCCGUACACACUCACGGUGCAGCCUGUACUGCUCCUCUCAUCUCUGAGGCGGUGAAACGAUGAAAAGGGAAGGACUGUGCACUCGCUUUUCUUACAUGAGAGGACUGACCAUUGUGUCAUCUCCAUUCAAUUCUCUAAGCACUUAAAAGAUUAGACAUGUAAAAGAUUAUCAAAUACUGUUGAAUUUAUUGUUUUAAAUCCAGGUUUGGUUUAAAAAUAAUAAUAAUAAUAAUAUUAAUAAUAAUCCUCUGCCCUUUAAAACAAUCAGGAUUAAACACGAGUCUUUAAACCUGAGCUGUUCUUCCUACAGUUAUAAACUGCAUGACGUUUGCAAACUAACAGGAAACAAGCGAAACGGCCGCAUGCUUAACCACGCUCAGCGUCGACUAGUUGAUGUCAUUUGUGUGUAUGAACGAAUGUGAGACAGAAGAAUGUAGUUUCAAGGUGCUAUGUGUAUCAUCGUCACAUCAGAACAUUACAUAAAACCAUCAGGAUGAAACAACGCCUCUGUCACUGAUCCACUUUGUAGAUUAGAAGCAAUAUCCAACGACAGAGUCUGUGGAAAUAAGGCUGUACGUUUCAGUUCUAAUGAUCCAUUUUCCUUUUCCAGUUUAUUUCUGUUAAACUAUUCAUUACAUUCAUGUGUAACACUGUCUUAAAGUGCUACACAUAGCACCUUUUUAAGGAGUAGCACAACAGUUACUUUACCUAUGUACAUAGGUAUGGAUUUAGUUUUGUUUUUUUGUUUUUUUUACAUCAGAAUGUAUUAAUGUAAGACUAUCAGUGAAUUACAUUUUGCCAAAGACAAGUUUUGCAGCUCCACAUCAGAGCAAAAAAGGAAAACCAAACACAAGGCGUUUACUUCAUGCAGUUUCUUUAACAUUUCUUCUUUCAAGGUCAUCAGUGCGAGUGUUGUUGCACAAACAACAUCUCAGUGUUUAUUACAGCACCUUAUCUGCCUUCAUUGUACUUAGCGUGUCCCUACUCCAUGUAGGCACAUACAUGACCCAUUUGGACAUACUACAAAGAGUCAGCGCUGCCUCAGACUGAUGAUAUUUCCUCAUACUCUCAACAAGCAAAAAAAAAAAAAGUUUAAAAAAAAAGUCUUACUAGAAAAACAUCUUUGCUGUAAUGUGCAUGGGUUAAUGUUAAAUGAAUGUAUUACCUUUUGAAAAUGUCUGUUAAAAUGAGCUCUUCAUCUUUUUCUGUGAAACUAUUUUAGAUUUUUCAUGUUUCCUGCUUGUUGGUGAAUUGCCAAACGUAUAGAAGGGAAAGAGUUAAACAUAUGCAGAGCAUCUAGACCAUGAAACAAGGAUAAAUUCAGUGCCUAUGCUUCAGGUUUAAGAAACCUGCGCAUGGUGAAUAGGAAAAUAUAUGCAGAGUCAAAUGCAGAGACGGUUGUGUGGGUAUUUAUGUACAAUAGAAUUUACUGAAAGCAAAUAAAGCAUAUGUAACUGUAUAUAUAUGACAAACAAUACAAAAAUCAUGGUGCUUCAGGCGUGCAGGGUUUUUCCUCCAGAUCAGGUUUUUGUUUUCAGAUAAUCACUUACCUUCAAUUCUGAAAUGAUGAACAUUUGGAAUGAGCAUAACUACAUAUUGUAUGAAAACAAAAUAAAUCUAAUUUAUGAAGUGAA